GGAACAGUCGAGAAUUAGUAGAGGACGUCACGGACGCCGGUGGACGUCACGGACGCCGGUAACAGCUGACUUGUGUGUGUCGCCUCGGGUCAAAUAAAAUAAAACUACUGUUUUAUUUGAUAUAUUUUAUUCGCGAAAAGUUUAUUAGUGGAUAACUGAUUACAUAUAUUGUGGACACUAGCAGUGAAUCGAAUUAAACGAUCUUAGGAUUAGUUUUGUACCAGCCCCAGUGUUACGGUGACUAAACCUACCCUGCUGCAUAAAAAAAAAAAAAAAUCCUUAACUUCUGUGCGAGUCUCGCGUGUGUGUUAUUCCAAAUACUGCAACACAAAAUAUCAUGGCCAAAUGCGGUGGAUGUGGUCAAUUUAUUGCUGCGACAGCAAGCAUUCGGUGUGGCAAGUGCGCGGUCUGCUACCACCGCGCCUGUGUGGGAGUACCGCCUUCAGCAACCCCCUCGCCUGCAUGGCUGUGUCCUGGAUGCAAGGCGAAACUUCCCAAGACCGACAAUUCUGCGACACCGGUCAAAGGUGCAGCGGCGGAUUGCUCGGUCCCAAAUAGUCCCCCCACCGUCGCCCCCCCCGUGAGUCUGGAUUUGGCGCAUGAGAUCAGAGCUUUUAGGGAGGAGUUAAGCGCUCUAAGGGUCGAUAUACGCGAGCUACGGCAGGAAAAUGCACAAUUUAGAGCUGCCAUAAACGGUUGCAAUGAGCGGCUGGACGCGGUAGUGCACAGGGUGGACAGCCUCGAGCAGCGGUUCGAGGCGAAGGACACCUCAUCGUAUGACCAUCUGGAGGAGACGAUCGCUGACUUAAAACUUCAACUAAACGAGCGCGAUCAGGACCUUUUGUUGAACGACGUCAUCGUGUCGGGUAUACCGGAGUCGAAGACCGAGAAUCCGGCGCACAUACUUAAAACACUGUCGCUGAAGCUGGGGGUCGACCUUGACGAUAGGGAUAUAGUAAACGUCGAGCGACUCGGCAUGGUGCGUCGUAAUUUUAUCGCCGGUUCAUCCCAGCACGACAUAACGGAGCAUCCGCGGCCGCGCGCCAUCGCGGUGCGCCUUUCUCGCCGUACGGUGCGAGACAAACUAAUUCAAGCGGCGCGCGUGCGCCGCGGCCUCACCACUGCGGACCUCGAUCUACACGGCCAGCCUCGGAGGGUGUUUGUAAAUGAGCACUUGACUCGCUCUAAUGCAAAGUUAUUCCAUCUAGCUCGAGAGGCUGGGCAGCGUUCAAAGUACAAGUACGUAUGGACAAGGGAGGGACGCAUCUACGUGCGGAAGGAGGACGGCGUCUCUGCUGUGCGCAUUCGCUCGCACGCAGAUAUCAGAAAAACUUUUGGGGACGGUUAUGUUUGAUGAGUGUGGGUGUUAAUAGAUAUUUCUGUUCGGUUUGUGUAUUUCACUUUGUUUUCAUUUUUUUGCUGUAUACCCUUUAUCUUGUUGACGACCUCACGAUAUGUGCUACGUUACGUUUAUUUUAUAUUAGUUUUUCUGCUACGUCAUGUUGUAAAUUGGCAUCCUCGGCAAUGUAUGUAUGGGCUAAGGUUGGUAUUCCUUGCAGUGACGGUAAAUUUUAUUGUAUCCAGGCUUAUGCAACCAUACUUAUUAUUGGAUAUUUUUAUGUAUAUGCAUAUGUGCCUGUGUUCUUAUUAUACAAUGUUUCUAUCUUUCUUUACUCAUAUAUUAUUUGUAAAUCUUUAAGUAAUGGCUAUAUUAUAAUAACAAUUUUUUUUAACAUAAAUUUAGAUACUCUCGCAGGGAAAGUAUAUAACGAUUUUUGUUUAUAUUUAAUCCAUGAUAUAAA